AUGAAGUGUGCUUCAGUACUCGAUCUAGUAAUAUGCCUUGGACCAGAUGCACUAAAUAAAGUAAGCAGUCUGCAAAUCCAGGCCAGACCAGAGUCAGAUCAUUUACCAGUAGCAAUGACUCUAAAAGGAGAACUACUGAAUAUCCAGGACCAGGAUCAGGCAAAAGAACGCAGUGAAUUGAGCAAAGAAAAACUAAAGUGGUGCGCAGAUAAACAAGAAGAGUAUACAGAGUACAUAAGAGAAGGAUGGGAGUGGUUUGACUUAGAAGAAAACCCUGUAGACUGGCCACAGCUAAAAGCGCUAUUGAUGAACGCCGCGCGAAACUGCGGCAUGUACAAGAAAAGAAAGAAGACUAAGACACGAAGCACAGAUCCCUGGUACAAUGAAGCAUGCAAAACAGCCAAGAAACAAACAUGGGUGAACCUCAAAAAGUUCCUGAAAAAUAAAUGCGAGGAAAACAAGCAACUGCUGAAAAACAGCAGAAAGAAAUUAAAAGAAACCUGCAAUGAUGAAGAGAGAAAAUGGAGGGAAGCCCUAUGGAAGGAUCUGGAUAAAACACGAGACAUGUCCCAGUGGUGGAACAAAGUCAACUACUUCCGAGGAAACAAAAGAAGUACUUCUAGUGAAAAUAUUAGCGCGAAGCAGUGGAAAACACAUUUCGAGAAGAUACUAAACAGCAAAAACUCAACGCCAGAUAAGUAUGAGCAUAGAAGAAGCAAUAUAGAAGAAAAUGCUGAACCUGCUGGAAUAAUAAGAGAUGAAGAUCUUGAUGCUGAGUUCACGAAGAUAGAGCUACACGAAGCACUCAGUAAAAUGAAGAAUGGAAAAGCAGCCGGUGAAGACGGAAUAACAAUAGAGUUUCUAAAAGCAAUUCCUGCAGAAAGAAUGAAUGAGCUACUUAACCUACUGAACACCAUAUGGAAAAACUGUAAACUCCCUGAAAAAUGGGAUACAGCAAUAAUAGUACCGAUCUUCAAAGCUGGAGACCCUGACAUGCCAACCAAUUAUCGGGGAAUAUCACUACUAACUGCAGGAUAUAAAAUCUUGACCAACAUGAUGGCCAGACGGAUGAACAGAUGGAUGGAAAAGAACAAGCUACUGAAAAAGAGUCAAGCCGGAUACCGUAGCAAAAGAGGCACCAGAGACCACAUCUUCGUGAUUAAUGCGCUUGCACAAAAUAAACUGAGACAACCAGGAGGCAAACUUUUCUACUGCUUCGUGGAUUACAAGUGCACCUUCGACAGUUAUGCAGACAUGUGCCUAGUUGCAGAAACAGCUAAAGGGUUGAAACAAAUGCUUAAAGAGCUAGAAAAAUACACUGAUGGUAACGACCUGGUAGUUAAUGCCUCAAAAACAAAGAUCAUGAUAGUAAAAGCUGGCUGCAGAGAGGUUGAGGAACAAGAAUGA